AUGAGCAAAAACUACAAUUUGAGCUAUUCAAAAAAUAUAUUAUCACUUGCAUGCAGUGCAUUAAAGAUUCUUAAUCAAUAUAAUUGCUUACUCCCACGCUUUGAGUCGGAAAAAAAUUCUAUUCAAAUUUUAAACGGUGCUAAUUAUUUUUAAAAAUUUAUAUGCUAAAAUAAUUAUAAAAGUUUGUAAAAAAAAUAUAAAACAUAGAAUGAGCAUAACAGAAAAUUUCAGGAUCAGGAAAUGAAUCGCAUUUUUUGUUAAAAACUACUUCGUUUAAUACUGCCUGCAAUGAAUUGAAAUUUGAAGAUAGAAACAAUGUAGCAUUCAUUGAAUGUUUGGUUUUAAGUAUUAAAAACUAUAAGAGAAACUUAUUAUGAAGAAGAAAUUAAAGAGAUAAUAAAAUUGGAAUUUUAUUGGAAUUAUUUAUUAAAGAAAUAUGGAAUCAGUCAAUCAUAAAAAGAAACAUGAAUCCCAUAUAAAAAUUUUUGUAAGAGAGGAAGUGUUGAUGCUUUUGGAAAUUAUGCAAUUUUUCUUUUUUACUUUUAAUAAUGAUAAUAAUGGGAAUUUUAAUUUAGUUUUAUAAAGAAUUAACUCAAAAAUUAAUUCAGUGCUAAAACCGUUUAAAUAUAUUUCAAUUGCACUUCAUCCUUGAAAUCAAUCAAAAUUAGUUAUUAUUUUCACCUAUAAAAUUUACAAUAGAAAAAUUAGAAAUAAAGGGGGUUUAAUGUACCAAUAAAAUGGAAAGUUUGCAGAUAUGUUGUUCCAAUUUUAAAAGGAUAGGAUUUAGCCAACAAUAAAACAAGCCUGUUUUAUAAGAUAGUGAAUUCAGAUAUAAAUGACAGAAACCUGACAAUUUUGAGUGAUAGUCUUCCUAAAGAUGGAAACAGUCCAAAUAUUUUUGAAGCUUUAAAGUUCCUAUUAUUAUCAAAAGACUCUUUAGUUGCUGAAAAAGUCUAUUUUUCUCGUAAUAUUUCAUUUAUUCGUGAGGAGGAAAUAUUUAAUAAAAAUAAUGACAUAGUUAUUAUUUAUGAUCAACGGAGUCCAAGUAUUGAUAAAGAUCAUUAUGAAAAUUUGGGCUUUUGCUUGACUUUUUCAAUUAACGUUAGUGAGACAACAAUGAUAGAUUACACUCAAGGAGUUAAAGAAGUUACUGAAUGGAAAUUUUAUCAAAAAUCACAUCCUGGAUAUAUUUAUUGUUUUUGGCGAAUAAAUUCUCAGGCAAGUCAGCAGCAAUUCAAUGAAGAAUCAAAGGAAAUUAUGCAAAGCCAUUCUCCAAGAACUCUAUCUCUAAACCUUCCCAAUACACCCAUUAACCCAAAUUAUAAAGGACUUCCAAAUUUAGGAAACACUUGCUACCUAAACUCAGUCCUACAUAUCCUAAAAUGAACAGAAGGGUUCGCGUCAUUGAUUCAAUUAUCUAGAACCCCCCCAAUUCCACAAUUAUUUGCUGUUCUGUCUAUUAUGAACACCACUCAAGGCAUAGAGAAUCCCUUGAGAACUUUAAUUUCCAGCUUAAACAAAACCUUUAAAGAUGUAAUUUUUAAAUAGUUUCAUAUAAAAAAAAACCAUGAUGCUAAAGAGUUAUUUACAGUUCUUAUUGGCGAAAUAGAAGAAAAUAUCACAAAUCUCUUUUGUAUAGUAGUGCAUAAAACUCUGCAUUGCCAUCAUAAUGAGAGAUAUAGCAUUGACCAUGCAGAAGAAAUAACCGAGAAAUUCCUGUUUUUAUGUGUACCAUAUGGUGAUGUUGAAAGCUAUUUUAUAAGGCUAGGAGAAGAUCAAUGAUUUGAAGGGGAAAAUUCUUUAAGGUGUAAACGCUCAAAUACCUUAAAAAGAGCUAGAAUUUCGACUAAUAAAAUAGACUUUCCAUCGAAUUUGGCAAUUUAUGUGCCGCCAUCAGAAUCGAGGAAUGAAAAUAUUAAGACGAGUUUUAUUCAAGAAGAUAAUCUAUAUCUCCUUUAUGGAGUCAUUGCGUACAAUCCUUAUAUUCUUCAUUAUUUUAGUUAUGUUUUGAUCGAAAAUAACUGGAUAAAAUUCGAUGAUGAAACUGUUACUUAUGAAGCGCCAAGGCUUGAUUUUGCUUACCUGUUGUUUUAUAAAGCCACCUUUCUGCUAGCUGAUUAA